AUGUUCUUAGUGGUCGUGACUUUAUUGUCCAUUGCAACGAGCUGCUCUGCUGAACAAACUUAUGAUGCAGUUUCUUCGAAUGAUGCUGAGGUGAAGUUCAUCAACUUCUUGGAUGUGGAGAGCUUCGCAAAGAACGGCACUCAUUUUUUCGUCAUGUUGACGGGGAAUGAUUGCUAUCAUUGCAAGAUAGUCCUGGAGAAUAUGGAGGCCAUCAAGAAAGCUUUGGAAGAAGUUGAUCCAUCUCUGCUGUUUCUAGUGAUGGAGAUUGAAUCACCUGUAAACAAACCAAUAAGAGACCAGCUGAAAGUUACUGCUAUUCCUACUAUCUAUCUUUUUCUUGCAAAUGUUCAGCCAAUACUGUUCGAUUUGGAACGCACUCCAGAGAACUUAGUACAUUUUUACAAGACCGUAACAAACGUUGUUGUUGAAAAAGUGGAAACCGAAGAAGAAUUGAAGUCAUUUAAGGACUCGGCUUAUGCAGCUGUUUUAUUUCUCGCAGAUGAAGAAAUUAAUAAUACCCACAUUCUUUACAGUGUUGCAAGGCAAAAUUAUGAUGUCCGUUUUGGAUACACAAUGCCAUUUGAUGACGCUUUUAAAAUGUUCGAUGACUGGAUCAACGUUUUCCGUAAAGGGAAGCAUAAGGCAGUCCCGAUGCCAAAAAGAACUACAGAGGAGAUUGAGAAGUUCAUCAAGAUGCAAACUCACAAACCGUACUUUCACUUCCCUGCAAUUGCUUAUGCAUUACCCGCUAUGUAUGAGGAAAAUUACCUGUUUUAUAUUGACAACACUGCAGGCGUAGAUGAGGCGAAAUCUUGGCUUGAAAAGCUAGGUGAUGAAGGGCGUGGUGAUCUUGUUGUCCUUUUGUGCGAUUACUCGGAUCCUGUUGCUCAUCGGGCCCUCAAAUAUUUUGGUGUAGAGCCAGGCGAUCCACCUAGAGUUCGUAUCAUUCAGAAAACUGAAAACAAGCAUUUCAAAAUGGAAGAUAAUAUGACUGAUCCUGUGAGUGAGCAGUCUGUGAGGGAAUGGUUGCGAAGAUUCAAAAAUGGGACUUUGAAACCAACUAUUGAGUCGAAGUUGCUGCCCCCGGAUUGGGAUCAGAAGCCGCUGAAGAUUGUAGUAGGAUCUACUUAUGCCAAGGUAGCCAAUGAUACAUCCAAGCACGUAUUUGUCUUGCUAUAUGCACCAGGGGAAGAGCGCAGUGAUCUUGCACUGAAAAGUUUCCAAGAACUUGCGGAAAAGUACAAGAACUUUGACGAUCUGUUCAUCGCUAAAUUUGACGUUGAUAGUAACGAGAUCCCGCAUGAAUUUCUACCAGUUGACAGUGUUCCUGCAACGAGGUUCUAUCCGAAAGGCGAGAAAAAAGAAAUGCAAUACACCGGUGAACCAACUGUAGAAAGUAUGGUGGAAUUUCUCGAGCAACAUACUGGAUAUGUUCCGAGCAUUGAGAAUGAAGAGCCCAAAGAGGAAGGCGAUGAUAGAGAUGAAGACAAGCAUGCUGAACUAAAUGAUCCUAAAAUCAAUCCUAUACGCAGAAUUUUGUCUUGCCGUCUUCUGGAUAAAAGGAAAUGCCUGGCCUCCACAAAGUGCUGCAGGGAAUUGUGAAGUUCCGAAACACAGCAAGACCAGACAUGGUCAAGCAGUUCGUGAAAGUUCGAGAAAAUCCACAACCGACGGCUGUCUUCUUUUCAUGCAUGGAUUCAAGAAUGUUUCCUGCAAGGUUUACAUCGUCUCAAGUUGGAGAUAUGUUUGUGGUGCGAAAUUCAGGUAACAUGAUCCCGAAUGCGAAUAAUUAUGGACCUUAUGGAUACGAAGUUUCGGUCACGACAGAACCUGCAGGCUUAGAGUUAGCCGUCAAAAGAGGUGGCAUUAGGCACGUGAUUGUAUGUGGACAUUCUGACUGCAAAGCCAUCAAUACGCUCUAUCGACUACACAAACGUCCCAGUGAUUUUGAUCCCAACUCGCCUAUGGAUCACUGGCUUCGAAGACAUGGAUAUACAUCUCUGCAAAAAUUGGAAAAGCGUCUGAACGACAAAACUGCGGGACCGCUGAAGUUCAUUUCGGACAAUCCAGCUUUCAGCUUUGAAGCGAUCAUUGAUGAAGAGAACAAAUGGAAUGCAGAAGAUAAGUUGUCUCAAAUCAACGUUUUGCAGCAGCUGGAGAAUUGCGCUACUCACGGUUUUCUAAAGGAAUUUCUAGAUAAGAAGAAGGUCGAUUUGCACGCGAUGUGGUUUGACAUCUUUGGUGGUGAGAUGUACCUUUUCAGUAAGCCACGCCGCAAAUUUAUAGUUGUGAACGAGGAGACCGUGGAUGAGCUGGAGGAGGAAGUAAAUGUACACAAGGCCUGAUUCCUUGUAGUACUCAUAUAGGUCACUUUUUUUUUUGAAAAUUACCAUGUUUUCAUUCAUCUUAUUGUUGUUUCUGUUUCAUUCGUCCAAUCUUUGACAUUUUUAUACAUUUUUUUCUUCUACGGAAAGUUUUAUUUUAAGACUUUAGAACUGCUUUUGGUUGGUUUAGGUGUCUAGUCUUCUUGCUCAGUUUGUUACUUACCUCACCUCCUAAUCAAUCAUUAACCAUUUCAACGCUUUUAUUAAUCACAUUAUUAUGUUUCCUACCUCUUACAAAUUUGCUCAGACUACCCGUAAUCACUUACUAGGUACUUAUUUCUUUUUUCUACCUCAUCAUAUCUCAUCUCUCCGGUCCCACAAAGUGCCUUGACAGUUUUAAUUAGCCAAAAAAACCUUGUUAGUGAUUGCCAUAUAGAUUGUAGCAUCAUCAUGUCCGAAUAAAUCUUGUACCU